GAGGAGAAGAGGAAGGGAAGAAGGAAGAGCAAGAAAGCGCCGCCUGACAGAAGCGGGAAGGAGGAGGAGGCGGAGGCGGCACAGGCGGAGGCCUCGGAGGCAGCACCGGCCGCCAUGGAGGACAUCAACUCCAACGUGAACGCCGACGCCGAAGUGCGGAAGCUGCAGGAGCUGGUCAAGAAGCUGGAGAAGCAGAACGAGCAGCUCCGCAUUCGCAGCGCCGCCGGGGCGCCCGGAGGAGGAGGAGGGGGAGGAGCAGGCAGCCCCAAACGGCUCCUCGGCGGAGGGUCCGGGGCCUGCACGCCGCCCUCGCCGCCCGCCUCCGCCGCCUCGCCCAGGAGCGGCGCCGUGCUUCUCGGGCUGGAGAGCCGCUGCCUCAGCCCCAAAGCCGGGCCCAGGCGGCCCCCCGAGGGAAGCGGCGGCCUGGCGGGCUUCGGGGGCGCCGGCGAAAACGCCAGCCUCCUCGACGAGGUGGAGCCGCUGAGGCCCGACGAGCUGGAGCGCCUGGCCGGCGGAGAGGAGGACGAGACGGGAUGGUUGUAUACAUCGCCAAAGAAGAAAGCAACUCCAGUACAAAAAUCUAUCAAUCCUCUAGUUUGGUGCAGGCAAAUACUGGAUUAUCCAACGCCAGAUAUUGAAUGUGCUAAAAAGUCAUUGAUUCAUAGGCUUGAACAGACAAUGUCAGCCCUCAAGCGACACAGCCUCUAUAGUAAUCCAUUCAGCACUGUCAAUUAUGCAAACUCCUGUAGUCCAAAUGCAGGCAGUCCCUACAACAGUAGCUUCAACUCUCCUUCUUCCACACCAGUGAAACCUCCUUUAGUAAAACAGCUAAUUCUUCCUGGCAACUCAGGUCAUUUUAAAAGUUCAGCAGAAAGAAAUCCUCCACUAAGUCCACAGUCAUCAAUUGACAGUGAAUUAAGUGCUUCAGAAAUGGAUGAAGACUCAAUUGGAUCAAAUUACAAACUCAACGAUUUAACGGAUGUUCAGAUUUUAGCUCGGAUGCAAGAGGAAAGUCUCCGGCAGGAAUAUGCCGCUACUGCUUCUCGACGUAGCUCUGGUUCUUCAUGCAGUUCUAUGAGGCGAGGUACCUUUAGUGACCAGGAACUUGAUGCACAGAGCUUAGAGGAUGAAGAUGACAGCUGCCAUCAUGCAAUGCACCCAGCGGUUAACCGGUUCUCUCCAUCCCCACGCAAUUCACCACGGCCUUCACCAAAGCAGUCCCCACGCAAUUCUCCUAGAUCUCGAUCGCCUGCCAGAGGAAUAGAGUACAGUAGAGUAUCACCCCAGCCUAUGAUCAGCCGCUUACAGCAGCCUCGUCUUUCGCUUCAGGGCCAUCCCACUGAUAUACAGACUAGCAGUGUCAAAAAUGAAGAAAAACUAAGGCGUAGUCUUCCAAACCUGUCCAGAACAUCUAACAUCCAAGUUGAGUCUGUGAAAAACAGUAGAAGUGACUCAAACUUUCAAGUGCCAAAUGGAGGAAUACCUCGUAUUCAACCUCAGCCUUCAUCCACUCUGCAAAGGCAGAAAAAAUUGCCUCGUGUUGCCUUCAAAACCAAGCAGCUCCUUCCUACUCCAGCUGCCAAAGGAGUUCCUUCUCCCAGUAAAUUCCGAUCCCCAGCAGCACCAUCUCCGCUGGCUCUAAGGCAGCCUGUUAAAGCCUUUAGUAACCAUGGACCUAGCUCUGCUGUUCCAGAAGCCACCCAGCUUCCACACAGCAACUCUUCACCGGUGCAGUUAGCAGCUCCCAAUUCAGCCUCUCCAAGCCCAGCCAGCAAUGUCAACAGCGCUACACUUACAAGGCCUGCAGGGACAACAGGGAUGAGGAGUGGCUUGCCAAGACCUAGUGCCCCCUCUGCUGGGAGCAUACCAGUGCCUCGCAGCAAACUUGCACAGCCUGUUCGUAGAUCAUUGCCAGCUCCCAAAACCUAUAGCAGUGUGAAAGAUGAGAGUUGGAAGGACGGCUGCUACUAAGCUGCAGAGCUGGACUACUCAGCAGGUACUCCUUCACCAGGCUAAAUGACAGAUCAAUAUGCAGACUGAUCAGCUAAGACUUUGGGGGGUUGAUAAUCCCCAAAACCUCUCUGUCCUUAAUUAGCACAAACUGGCAGAGAUUAUAAAACAGCACUUUAAUGACAUUAACAUCAGAUACUUGGUGAUCACUCAAAUCACUUUUACAUGAAUCACUUUUCACCUCUGGAGCUUUUCCCCCUGCUUCCUAAAUUGUUAUAAAUAAUAUUAGAACUGCUCAUAUGGAUACAGUAGCCAACAUCGGGGCAAACACCUUUCAAAUGCCAAAGAAAUAUCCAUUUUGAAAAAGCAGCAUGUCAGAUAGUAAGCAGUUUUUUCUAAAAUGUCAUGCACAAUACUUGAUUCAUUUUAAAGAAAAAUGAACAAUUUGAGAUAUAAUCGAUAAAGGUUAACAUGUUAAUCAAAGCAAACAUGGGAUUGAAGAGUACUAGCGUACUUUUUGAGAUUAUUUAAAACAAUUGUGGAAGAUUUAAAUGGAGGAGCUGUUGAGAUAAAACAGAACAGCUGUUUCUGGAGUCUCACAAAAAAGUGGCAGGGAGGCCACAUCAUCAUUAUUUUUCAAACCGUCUUGAUUUAGUAGACAUCCCAAAUUUGAAUGGGAUAAACCUCAUCUUUUUUAUGUUGACGUAAACAUAUCUGAUUUUAUGUUAUGCUAUUUUGAUUGCCAAAAGGGCUCAGUAUCAGUUGUACAAUCUUUCUAAAAAACCUAGCAGUUCCUGGCUCAGGAAGAGAUGGCCUUUGCUGUCACCGCCACAUUUUUAACACAAUACACUUUUUUGAGAUGUCCUUUUUUAGAGCACAUUUCCUUCAAAAGGAAGGCGGUUGCCUCCGUUCAGAAAUUACACCUCAGUGCUUAUCGCCUGGAGCUCUAGCGAACACACCUCUAGACAACACGAAGCCAACUAUGCACUUGCAACCUAGAGAUUUAAGGAAAUGAGUUGUACUGUUGAUACCAAAUGAUAUAUUCAUGUGGGUAAUGUUUCAUGGUAUGAUGGAGUCUUUAUUCUGUUUUCCAAAAAAACAAACCAACAAUUAACUUCAUAAUAAUUUGUUUUUACUUGUAAAUACUUCUGCUGAAGUUAUUGCCCAUGUCAAUGUUUUAACGAUGUAACUUUGCCUUACACCUGUAUUUUUACAUUGUUGGUAAAAGUUUUCUUUUUAAGAAACCUGCCACAUACGUUUACAAGGUAUUUAGUUCCUCUAGUGGCUGUAUACUAACCAAUACUUAAUGAUGUUUUUGCCUUUGUCGGCAGGCUUAUCCUACCCAGCAGGGGAAAAAAACCUGCUACUAUUAUAGCCCCAAGCCCUCUCCUACUUCUUUAGUUGUUUUUGUAUUGCAUUAGAAGACUGAAAAAUACGUUGUGUGAAGGUAACAGAAAGGGAGGCCCCUCCAUCGCUAGAGAAUAAUAUGCCUUUUGUUAUAUGGGAGGAGUGGGCAGUCUCUCAUUUAUGGCAUUUGGCUGUGAGGAUGUAGCACUUGCAAAUUACACAAUGAAACAAAAAGCUAGUCAGGAUAGGACCGCAGAAUCCCACAUGCCCUGUGUGGGAGUACAGGGUAGGUUGCCUUUUAACUUCAUUUGUGCCUGCCUCUUAAAAUGUGCUUUGGAAGCGACUAGGUUUUAGAACGUCACUCCUCAAAUUCUUAGCUAGUCUUCGUAGAUUAGUGAAUUAAAAGCCAUGCAACCUUUACUUGAAUUGGAAAAGUGAACAAGAAAAGAGAAGAACCAGAUGUUGUCUGCAGGUUACCGCCUAUAGGUAACCUUUUCCUGAUUAAAGCAGGGCCUUUCCUAUGUCCACGUAUAACCCAACUGUGAUCAUCUCUAGGAUGCCAGUUUAUAAUGACACAGUUCAUUAUUUGCCAUCAUACACAUGCAGUAUCUUUGAUUCAGCAUAAGCAGAUUUUAGAAGUAGACAUAAAUCCACUUCGUAGUGGAAUAAUUUUUCGCUGUAUGAAUCACAAGUUCAGUAUGAGGAGCAGUGUCCCUUCUGAUUGUCCCUACAUACCAUUUCCCCAGUUCUCACAUCCAGUUAGAUCAAAAUGUAUCUGGUGUGUCUUCCAGAAUUAACCUAUAGCAAAACAAAGGUCAGGAUUGACAGCCGCGUUUUCUAGAGCACAAACCAUGAGGUUCCCCAACAUUUUGACAUGAAUCUACCUGCCCCGCUUUCAAAGCUUAGCUCUUAACAAAGUUAGUCUUCAAGGCAUUCUAAGUUGUGCUUUUAUUGGGAAAAUACUUCACUUGGUUUUAUUUCAUUCAAAAAUACAGCUGUUGCCUUUUUAACCAAAUGCAUUACCAUAUUUUGUAAAGUACUACUGUUUUUAUAAAGCUCGGCUAUUUAAUCAUUUUGAAGACGUAUUAAGUUGUGGAAACAUCCUGCUGAUACAUCAAAAUAAACAUCCAGCGAAUAUGGAUUCCUCAAAGAAGAAAAACUGCCAGUUUACUAGGGGAGACUCUGUGCAUUACCAGUUACAAGGACAUCCUAGGACUUUGUGUGUUUAGAGGUUUGGAUAUAUUGGGAAAAAGUGUGGAAACAAAUUUGAUAAACUAGUGCCUAUGAUUUACUUAAUUUAUGUUUGAUACUAGUUGUAAGGGUUUUAUGAAUGUGGAUUAUUUUUCGUGCCAACAGCUCAGAAUUGUUGUAUGUAUGUAGGCAGAAGAGAAAGGAGUUCUGCUUCCAAAGUUAUUUAAUUUUUCCUCAGUGUUUGAAUGUUUUUGUAAGUGUUAAUAAAAAAGUGUAAAAACAGCAAAGAUAUAAAUAUUCUUACUGCAACAUUCUUUGACUCCUUUUUUAAAAAAUAAAAUUAAAUAUUAUGUAAAAA